AUGACGCGCCGCAUCUUCUACGGCGUCUCCCUCUGGGUCUUCCUCGUCGCGGCGGCCUGCACCAUCGCCGCCAUCGCCCUGCCCAACUGGAUCACAUACACCUCGGGCGGCGACGGCCAUGCCGCCGUGCGGGUCUCCUACGGCCUCCACAAACGCUGCAGCUCGCUGACGGGCGAGUGCGAGCCGUUCCCGACGGAGGAGGACUGCCGUGGCUUCGAGGACCGCUACUUCUGCUCCAUGUGGCGGAGCACGGGGUUCCUCAUGAACUUCUCCGUCGUCCUGCAGCUGGCGUGCGUGGUGGCCUACGUGACGAUCCUGGCGGGCGGGACGACGACGCGGCAGGCCGGGUGGAAGUUGCUGUCGGGGUUGCUGGCGGCGGUGGCGGCGGGGCAGAUCAUCGCGAUGGCGCUGGUGGCAUAUCUCUUCAACAACGACAAUCGUUUCUUCGACGGUUGGGCCCUGGAUAAGUCGUGGAUCCUCUGCACGGUGUCAUGGUCCGCGCUCGUUUUGAACGCGGUCGGGGUGGUCGGAGCAGGCCUCUUUUCCAAGAAGGACGACGAGGACUAUGAGCCGAUCCCUGACUUCGCCGAGUCGUAA